CACCACAGCGCCUGGAGGUCGGCACCUGGAACCAGACCAUCAGCAGUUUCUGCGGGCACGGUGUACCCUCGGUCCUGCUCAUGUCGGAGGAGCCCCAAGGUCCAGGAGUGGAGGAGGGGCUGCCAGCACCCCACUGACACCAAUUGGAGGACCAGCACAUCUAGGCCUGGCCGGUGGACCCACAGGAAGUAAACCCACUCUACAAGAAGGCCCCUUUCUAAACAGAACCAUCAAGGGAGCGAAAAAGAGAUUGAAGGCCAUUUCUCAGAGCCCCCAGACGAGGAAGGAGAAGCUGUGAUCAGUUCUACCUUCAUAGUUCCUGGGCUUCACCCAAAUACUGCAAAAAAUGAACAAAUCCCAGAAUGAAUAGCAAUAUGCCAUUUCAGGAAUCUGUUUCAUUCACGGAUGUGACUGUGGACUUCACUCAGGAGGAAUGGGAGCAGCUGGACCCCUCCCAGAGGAUCCUGUACAUGGAUGUGAUGCUGGAGAAUUACAGCAACUUACUGUCAGUGGAGGUGUGGAAGGCCGACGACCAGAUGGAGCGGGACCGCAGCGGCCCCGAUGAGCAGGCGAGGCCGUUUAUCAUUUUUAAGAACCAAACCCCAAUGGAGGAAAGAGGUAAUCUCUUCGGAAAAACAUUUAAUCUGAGCACAGAUUUUGUUUCUUUAAGGCAAGUACCCUAUAAAUACGACUUAUAUGAAAAAACUUUGAAAACAAAUUCAGACUUAAUUAAUAAUAAUCGAAGCUACAUAAGAAAGAGACCUGAUGAGUGCAAUGGAUUUGGGAAAGCACUCCUCUGUCUGAAGCAAGAGAAAACCCAUAAUGGAUUAGAAUACUCCGAAUAUAACAAAAGUGGAAAAGUCUUUAAAGAAGGCAUUUUUAAACAUCAGAAAAUAAGAAAUUUGGUACAACCUUUUAUUUGUAAUUACUGUGACAAGGCUUUCUCCUUUAAGUCACUCCUUAUUAGUCACAAAAGAAUACACACUGGAGAAAAACCUUAUGAAUGUAACGUAUGUAAGAAAACCUUCUCCCAUAAGGCAAACCUCAUUAAACAUCAAAGAAUUCACACAGGGGAGAAACCCUUUGAAUGUAUUGAAUGUGGAAAAGCCUUCACCCACCAGUCAAACCUCAUCGUCCACCAGAGAGCACAUAUGGAGAAGAAGCCCUACGAAUGCAGUGAUUGUGGCAAGACAUUUGCCCAGAAAUUUGAACUUACUACGCACCAGAGAAUUCACACGGGAGAACGACCUUAUGAGUGUAAUGAAUGUGCAAAAACCUUCUUCAAGAAAUCCAACCUCAUUAUACAUCAGAAAAUUCACACCGGGGAGAAGCGCUAUGAGUGCAGUGAGUGUGGGAAGUCCUUUAUCCAGAACUCUCAACUCAUCAUCCACAUGAGAACUCAUACAGGAGAGAAACCCUAUGAAUGUACUGAAUGUGGCAAAACCUUCAGCCAGAGGUCAACCCUUCGAUUACAUUUGCGGAUCCAUACAGGAGAGAAACCGUACGAGUGUUCCGAAUGUGGGAAGGCCUUCAGCAGGAAAUCCCGCCUCAGUGUCCAUCAAAGAGUUCACCUGGCGGAAAAGGCCUGACACUGCAGCCCCCGGGCCGUGGCAACCCCUCCCACCACAGCCCUUCCCGCGCGGGAGAAACCGCACGAAGGUACUGAAGGAACAUGGAAAUUCACAGUGAGCUACGGUCCGUCACGUCGAAAAGUGUGUAAAAACAGGGUCCCCUCCAUACAGUGUUACACCAGAAGUUAGCUGUGAUGCCCAGCUAAAGAAUAUCUAGCAGCUUACAGCAAGUGUAAACAGACAUGCUCAGUUGUAUUACAGUGAGUUUUGUUAAGUCUUGAAUUUACUCAAGAAUGAAAUAUUCUGGGCAGCAGCGUAAAGGAUCAGUACCUUAGGAAUUUAGUGGUUAUGUGUGAUCCUAUCUUGGGUCUACACCUGUAAAUUUGACACAGUCACUGGGAGUUUGAGAUUCUUGUCCUCUGACAGUAGGGGCACAAGUAAGAUUUUCCAUGCUAAACAUCGUGUAUUUUUCAGUACCUUUCCAAGCCCGUCCGUACGCAUUCCACGUGAAACAGGUGACAGUCUCUGUGGCGUAUGGCCGCUGUUCUCUCCUCCUCGCUGCCCUAGAGAGUCGGUCUGCCAUCC